UGAAGUUGACCCUAGUUGACCGCCAGGGGGACCGCUAGUGCUUAUCUGCUGACGGGGUCUAUCGCUGCGCGUGAUCCUCAAACAUACUUCCUGACAUUUUGAUUCCCGACCAAAGCACAGAUAGCUAACCCCAUGAGGCGCAUUCUUACCACCACGUAGAUAGACUCAACCAAGCCCACCAAAGAGUUUUCCGGCUGCAGAAUCUCUCUGCCCCUCUCUCUCGUCUGCGCACUGGACGAUGCCAAAACAUCCUAUCCGCGCAUACCUGAAGCCAUCGGCGUGGGCCCUGGAGCCGAGUCCGUCGACCUUCGCACCAACUUCGAAAUGGUCGAACAAAGACAUGGAUCCAGUCCAGCCGGAGGACCGGACAUGGUCUACGUACAAUUACGUCGCGUACUGGAUCUCGGACGCUACGAAUGCUGCGGUUUGGGAGCUGGCUUCUAGUAUGCUGGCAGUGGGUUUAUCUUGGCGGCAGGCUCUACCGGCGAUUGCUGUUGGGCACAUUGUGAUUGCUACUGUCAUGGUCCUGAAUGGAACGGCCGGUGCACGUCUUCAUGUAGCCUUCCCGGUCCUUAAUCGCUCGUCGUUCGGUUUCUGGUUCAGCUACUUUAGCGUCAUCAGCCGAGUUGUCCUGUCAAUGUUUUGGUUUGGUAUCCAGACUUACACGGGCUCAGAAUGCGUGUAUCAGAUGCUGAAAGCGAUCUGGCCAAGCGUACAACACCUGCCGAAUCAUCUUUCACCCAGCGCAAACAUCACCACAGUUGGCAUGAUGUGCUAUCUUCUAUACUGGCUGAUCCAGUUCCCGUUCAUGCUUGUAUCUCCGCAACGUAUUCGCUGGCUCUUCUUAGCCAAGGCCUUAAUUGUCCCUCCAACCUGGCUCGCCAUGCUCAUUUGGGCUUUCGUCAAAGUCCCGGCGUCAAGCGGCCUUUUCGGAGACCAUGCUGCUUUGACCGGAAGCAACUUCUCGUGGGCAUGGCUCAGUGCUCUCAAUAGUGCCUUCGGUAUCUACUCGACGCUCACGGUCAACAUCCCUGAUUUCACUCGUUACGCUAAGAACGAGAAGUCCACUUACAUCCAGAUCGUGAUUAUCCCCGUUGCCUUCACACUUGCGGCCUUUGUCGGUAUCGCGGUGACGUCUGCGGGCAUCGUACUCUAUGGGGAGGUGCUCUGGGACCCGCUGCAGCUUAUCGACCACUGGGACAACCGCGCUGCGGCCUUCUUCGCUUCUCUCGUGUGGAUGCUGACCACUCUCGGCACGAACAUCUCCGCGAACUCGCUCUCAGCCGCGAACGACAUGACCGUGCUCUUCCCGCGGUACAUCAACAUCCGCAGGGGACAGGCCAUCUGUGCCGUCCUUGCAGGCUGGGCGCUCUGUCCGUGGGAGAUCCUCGCCAGUGCACAGGGCUUCCUGACGUUCAUGAGCGGGUACACGGUCUUCCUGGGCCCCUUUGCGGGUAUCAUGGUCACGGAUUACUGGCUCGUGCACCGCUGCAAGGUUGAUGUGCCCGCCAUGUACGACCCACGUGGGCGCUACCGCUACGCCUGCGGCUUCAACUGGAGGGCUGUCCUUGCAGUCGUCGUCUCCGUUGGCCCUACCCUCCCUGGCCUCAUCAACUCCAUCAACACGAAGAUCUCAGUGGGCAACGCUAACCAUCUGUUCGAUAUCGCCUGGAUCUUUGGCUUCACUGUAGCUUCUACUGUGUACUACGCCGCGUCAACGUUGUUCCCUGCAGAGGAGACUUUCAUUCCUCGGGCGAUUCUGCCAGAUGACGUUGCUGGAUACGUAGAUGAAAAGGGGAGCGAAGACCUGGAGAAGACGUCACUCGACAAAGCAGGAGCAGACACUGAAGUCAAAAGUACACUGUCGAAGCAGGGCCUAUGAAGAGUUUCAUUUUGUUUCAUCACUAUUCCUCCUAUGUACUUUUAGCGGACUGCGUACCUAUGGAUAUUCAAGCUUCCUUACGAAGUAUAACCACGGCGAAAUUGGUAUAGACGCAAGUACUAGACUACGCGAUAUACUGCGAGUGAGAUUGACACAACAACAAGGGGACGCAGUCUCCCCGGAUCCGUUCCACGGAUGCGCCACGACUUAAGCUACGAACGAGACGAGAGCUGUAACCUUAUCAUACACGAAAUACGCGCAUCCCUGGCCACGGACCGCUCAGUAGGCACCGCCAAGAAAAGCCAGCUCCCCAGCUGCACCAGGCACGCAGCCCUGCAGGCGAAGAAUGCAUCCCAAGGGAAC